AUGCAGGGCAGCGGUUCGCGCAAAACCUCCCACCGCCGCCUCACCGCUGGUUCGAGCUCCUCGGAGCACCUUACGCCCACCUCCGAGAUUGCCGAAACAGCCUACCUCCCCACUACCACGCUUGACCCCAGCUCGUCUAGCCGCAAGGUGACUCCACCAUAUACCAAGAGGAAGGGAAAAGACGACAAGUCAGCUGGAAAAGACAUGCGCCGAAGCUGUGCAGAGUGUCGUCGCCUCAAGGCCAAGUGUGAUCGUGUCUUCCCUUGCUCCAACUGCCGUCGUCGUGGAUGUGCACUCAUCUGCCCUGAUGGCGACCUCGGGUGCAUGCAAGGCAAGCGCCUCGUCCUGGCUUCAACAGAACAGCUCCACGAACGAAUUGCUCAACUUGAGACGGCACUUUCCCAGGCCCAUAGCAAGGUCGCGUCCGUACCCCACCCGUUACUGGCCCCCGAAUUUCUCGAUGGUGGCUUUGCUUUGCAAGCACCACCAUCCACUUCGUCACGCCAAGUCUCGGUGCCACAAGAAGGCGACAGCCUCGAAGGAGUAGCACUCUCUGAAGAACUAGCGCAUGGCUCGGAUGUCGACUAUGUCACUGGUGCAGCGACAACAUCCGGAUUUUUGCCAGCAGAUUUCCGCCCCGACACCGCACCCCGCGCCGUGGUCAUGUCCCGCCUGCGGACCAUCCUCAACACUCUGCCAUCACGCCAGAGAGCACGAGAGAUUGCCGAUCGCUUCUUCCUCGAGUCUGAGUGGUUUAAUUUUAUCCUCCGCAGGGAAGAGUAUGACGCUCUGUACGAGCCAUCGGUAUACGCUCCCACAGAGCGGAACCCUCUGAGCCUGCACAAGCUUGCGUGUGUGCUCAUGGUCUGCACACUGCAAAUGUACCUGGACCCCACGCGUGACUUUGACGCGGUUGACGGAAAGGUGGCCCUGUACUGGGAUGCGGCACAAAAGUGCUUUGACACGCGUUGUGGUUGGGCCGCCAGCGUACCUGGUGUGCAGGCGCUCGCUCUCAUGACUUGGUUUGUCAACUUUGCCGCAAAGGGUGGAGGCGACACUGGAACAGGGACCUCAAGCCUCUAUUGGCUUCGGAGGAUGACAGCCGCGUGUCAGGAGCUCCAGCUCAACAAGGAGCCACACCCCAGCCUGCCCAUUUGCGAGGCAAACUUCCACCGCAGGAUCUUCUGGGAGGCAACCGUGCUCGAUUGCGUCGUGGCACCCAGUUUCCACCAUUAUACAGACAUCUCGGUCGAGCAGAUUGAGGUGCGCUACCCGUCCGACGUCCCCCAAUGGGCAAUCAUGCGCUACGAGUACAUCCGCACCGUGUCGUACCCUGCCAUUGACCUGGGUCUGCGAUCAGACUCGAACCCGACGUCGUCGCAUGAGAUCCGCGGCCUCGAGGAGCUCUUUAUGCACUACUCACCCGAGGCACAGCCGGCCAUCCACUGCCCAUACCUCAUCGGCGAGGCCCUCCCAGAGCUCAACUCUAGUCCCGCCUUUGACGUGUCUGCCAUUCAGCGCUCGUCCGUCAGCAUGACGCUGUUCCAGAGCUACAUGAUCGUGUACAAGGCUAGCCUACGCCGGAUCGUUAAGCGGAUCCGCACCGACCCAGACGUCGAGCUGUCCUCGUUUGACCGCCACAUUGUCAUGCGUGCAUUCGAGACAUCGCAGAAGAUUAUCCGCCUCGCCCGCUAUACCCACCGCACCAUGCCCCGCAUCGCUGGACGCUACACUUCAUUGUGGGCCAAGCUCUUCGGUGCCACGGUCACAAUCGCCGCGGCUGCCAUCUGGUGCGGUACACACAUGUCGCCCUCCUUUGUCGGGCAGGUAGUUGUCGAGCUCAACGACAUUGCACACCUCGCUGCCGAGGCGACGGGAGUCAACGCGAGCUCUGACCGCCCACAGGCCGUCCGCGAGAUCGUCCCCGUGUUCCAGAGCAUGAUCAUUGGGCGCUACCCCCAAGUUGUGGGCGACGACCUGUCCCGCAUCACGACCAACAUGGCGCGCGAGGACAUGCUUUUCGCUCUCCUCGGCGGGGUUGUUGACGGCGUGAAUGUCAUGCAGAGCUCGGUCGACUGGAGCUCGGCUAUUGCAGCACUUCCCAGCGUCACUUCUGCCUCAGCUUCAACCUCAGCCUCAGCCUCGGGAUUGGCGCCACACAUGAAUGCACAAAUGACUGCGCACAUGUUCGACUCGCCGCGCAUGUUCGAGUCACCACGACGCGACAUCUCGCCAGCCCUCCUCCACACACCAGGACACGAGGGUGUCCCCGGAACGGCCUCUCCGUUCCCCGGCACCGGCACGGCCUCGCCUUUCGCCUUUGGUGGCCAGGGUUACUUUGACAACCCGACUGGCGUUUCGCCACACCAGGUAUCGCCUCCCCAAGGCUCGGCGGGCCUCAUGCCCCAAUCCGUAUUUGCCGAUACGUUGAUGGAACCACCUACAACCGCGGGCGGCGUGGGCAUUGAACUCCGCAACAGACUCCAGGCAAUGUACACGCCCAACCCGUGGUGGGGCGUCAGCAACAACCCUACUGGCCAAUACGUUUCUGGCUCGGUAUCGACCGCAUCUCCCCCAGCAAGCCUGAGCACAGGCAUGAGUAUGGGCUUACCCGACUCGCGACGCACCAGCUCGCCAUACCCCGUCCGCAUGCCAACUGUAUCGCCCACACCGGCCGUGCCGCGCGUGAUGAGCGUCCCCGUCCCAGUACCCAUGCCACAAUUCCAGCCACCCCUGCCCGGCUCUGAGAGGCCGUCGCCAUCCAUGUUCCACGAGUAG